AUGGCCGAGGGUACGGAGAACGGAAGGCUGACGCAACCCAGUCAAAGCCCUGCACCGGGAUUGAAUCAAGGCGGUGCCAACGCAGCCCAGCUGCAGCUGCAGGCGUACUCGCAGCCAAGGGUGCCGCCACGGCCAAGCACGCAACUUUCGCAGGCCGACCUUAAUAGGAUUGUGCUUGAAUAUUUGAACAAAAAGGGGUAUCACAAAACAGAAUCGAUGCUUCGUCUUGAAAGCUCCAAUACGCCAACGCCGCCGGGCGAGCAGAUGUCACCUGCGACCACCGCAAUGGCGACUUCCGGGGGUAGUAGUACUGGUGGCGGGUCAUUGAUGGGAGCCAAUUCCGGGACUGGUGCGGCAAAUGCUGCAGGUGUCACAGGUUUGGAUCCUGAAGUGUAUUCUCGUGCAUACAACAUGCUUCUGCGGUGGGUUGAUACUUCUUUGGACUUGUACAAGCCGGAACUUGCUCGUUUUUUGUAUCCGUUGUUUGUGCAUUGUUUUCUCGAGUUGGUAGCACGAGGACAUCCGGCGCAUGCCAAAGCAUUUCUUGACAAAUUUGGUGGAGAUCAUCAGCUUUUACAUGGACUGGAAGUUUCCAAACUCGCAGGAAUUUCAUUACCGGAACAUUUACGAGAGAACGAACUUGCAACCGCAUACCGUACCCGCAGGUAUCGGCUUGUGGUUUCCAAAACCAGUAAGAAUUUGGUGCUUUACUUUCUACAUGAAAAUGAUGCAGUUGGUGGGGGGCUUCUUGUGCGUAUUAUUAACCAAUAUUUAAGCAUAGUGGUUGCUAGCACACGUCCCGACAAAACUAACAAACCGGGAGAAGCCGAUCCAGACGAGGGUAUUGCCGGGUAUGUUACCAAGUCGGAAAUUGACCGGUUUAAUCAGCAAACGGUAAAAUUGGGACCAAUGCCGAUGGAUGCAGAGGUGGAAAAAGAAGUGGAAGCAGAGCUUAAGGAGGAGCAAGGUGAGAACGACACAUCGCUAGUGGAUGAAUUCAAAAAGUUGACCGGAAUUACAGAAGAUUCACCGGCCAAGGAAAUCCCGCUUCCGUUAGCAGAUGCAGCCGAGAUUCGACGCCAGAUCCUCUCGGUGAAAGACUCGCGCGCCCGACUCCGGCUCGAUACACCGCAAGCUGCUGCACCGUCGGUAUGCAUGUACACAUUCCAUAACACGCACAAUGCAAUGACGUGCGUUGAUUUCAACGACGAUAGCACCAUUGCUGCGGCCGGGUUUGAAGAUUCCACCGUCAAGCUUUGGAGUCUCGAUGGCACGCCGCUCAAAUCUCAAUCGAAGCGUGAUCCGCAUAAUAACGACAUUUCGCGGCGUCUUGUUGGCCAUUCAGGGCCGGUGUACAACGUUGCAUUUUCGCCCGAUAAUCACUACGUUGCGUCUGCAUCCGAGGACAAGUCGGUUCGGUUAUGGUCGCUCGAUUCGUAUACCGGGCUUGUGGCUUAUAAGGGGCAUACUGCGCCGGUAUGGGACGUUGCAUUUUCACCUUGGGGCCAUUACUUUGCAACCGCAUCGCACGAUCAAACUGCGCGAUUGUGGGGAACCGACCAUAUUUACGCACUUCGAAUUUUCGCCGGCCACAUCAACGACGUGGAAUGCGUGCAAUUUCACCCUAAUAGUAACUACGUUUUUACCGGGCUGGCGGACAAAACGUGCCGCAUGUGGGACGUGCAGAGUGGCAAUUGCGUGCGUAUAUUCAUGGGCCAUACUGGUCCCGUCAACUGCAUGGCAGUAUCUCCGGAUGGACGAUGGUUGGCUUCUGCCGGGGAAGAUUCGGUAGUGAAUUUAUGGGAUUGCAAUUCCGGUCGCCGCAUUAAGGCCAUGCGUGGUCACGGGCGCAAUUCGAUUUACUCGCUUGCAUGGUCGCGCGAGGGAAAUGUGGUGGUAAGCAGCGGCGCCGACAAUACCGUAAGGGUGUGGGACGCCAAACGUGGCACAUCCGACCAUGCGCCGGAACCGGAACAUUUAGAUAAGGGAACCGGUGACCACAUGACAGCGUAUUUUACAAGGAAGACGCCGGUGUACCGCGUGCGGAUGACACGCCGCAACCUCUGCAUAGCAGGUGGCGCUUUCACGGACGCUAGCUAA